AUGCCCACGUCACUCUGCUCGCGCUACAAAUACAACUGCCAGCGCCGACGAAGCGUGCAAGGUCAGAUACAGACCUCAGCCUUCACAGUCCACUCGUGGUAUCCAGGCAUCCAGCCAGCUCCACCCUCCUUCGCCGACCUCAUGGGCCGCUCCGCGCUCGCCUCCUCCGCUCAGGGCGACGCCGCGACGGCUGAGGUGGCGAGGAAGCGCCAGCAGCAGGAGGACGCCGCGAUCUUUCUCGUGCACCUCCUCAUCAGCUGCGCCAACGCCAUCCAGGCAGGCGACUACGCGGCGGCCACCAGCAACCUGGCCGCGGCGCGCACCGCCCUCGCGACGACGGUCUCGACGGCCGGGGGAAUCGGCCGCGUCUUGAGCCACUUCGCCGCCGCGCUGGCCCAGCGCCUCGUCCCGGCCUUCCCGACCCAGCACGGCGCCGCGCCCAACGCCGCCUCUUCGGCGGCGCACGCCGGCGAGCUGUACCGCCAGUUCUACGAGGCGGGGCCCUACCUUAAAUUCGCACACUUCACGGCCAACCAGGCCAUCCUGGAGGCGUGCGACGGCUGCGACCGCGUGCACGUGAUCGACCUCGCCAUCAUGCAGGGCGUGCAGUGGCCGUCGCUCAUCCAGGCCUUCUCCCUCCGCCCCGGCGGCCCGCCAGCCGUCCGCAUCACCGGCAUCGGACCCCCGCCCGCCGCCGACGGAUCACGCAACGAGCUCCAGGACGUGGGCGUCCGGCUCGCCGAGCUUGCGCGCGCCUUGAACGUGCCCUUCUCCUUCAAUGUUGUCACCGCGGACAGCCUCGACGCGCUCAAGCCGUGGAUGUUCCAGAUCGCGCCCGGGGAGGCGCUGGCCGUCAACUCCGUCUGCCAGCUCCACCGCCUCCUGGUGGACCAGGACGCCGCGUCGACCUCCCUCCCGUCGCCCAUCGACGCCGUCCUCGGCUGGGUCACCGCCAUCCAGCCCAGGGUGUUCACGGUCGUCGAGCAGGAGGCGGACCACAACAAGCCGACGCUGGUGGAGCGCUUCGUCAACGCGCUCUUCUACUACGCCGCCGUGUUCGACUCCAUGGAGGCGCUGUCCGCUCAACGCCUCGCCCUCACGGGCCGCCCCGCCGCCGGCGGCCUCGGGGCGGAGGCGUACCUCCAGCGGGAGAUCUUCAACAUCGUGUGCAGCGAGGGCAGCGGCCGCGUGGAGCGCCACGAGCCGCUGGUCCUCUGGCAUGCCCGGCUCUGGCGCGCCGGGAUGUGGCAGAUGCCGGUCGGCCCGAGCGCGCUCGGGCAGGCCACUGCGCUGCUCCGCACGUUCUCGGGCGCCGGGUUCCGCGCGCACGAGAGCGGCGGCUGCCUGUCGCUCAUGUGGCACGACCAGGCGCUCUUCACGUCGUCUGUGUGGCGCGCAGCGCCGCCAACGAACACCGCCGCCGGCGACAGCAUCCUGGACAAGCAGGCUGACAACGGGAAGAGCAGCAGCGGGAGCAGCGGCCACCACCAGGCUGCUGCUGCUCCCGGGGGGAUAGCCAUGAAGUGA